AUGUCUAUCCUGAUGACACCCGAACGUAGCAUGAGGACAAUUACUUUGUAUCUCUUCCUGACGUCGUUGUUGCUGGGGUUAACCGUUUCACAGGAUGCCCAAUCCCUGACCGGUCUCACUUUUUCAAAUGAGCUUAAAAGAAUGGAUAGACACGGAAUUGGGGCUCCAAAUCUGCAGGAGUAUUACGAUAGUCUGAUAUAUGAUAAAGCUACAGACACAGGCGCAGAGAUAGUACAAAAGAUGGCCAAUAAUUUAGGAAAAAUGUUUGAAACAUUGACAAACCAACUUCAGAAAGUAAAAACUGCAAUAGAACUGGAAUACGAACAUUUCUCUUCAUCUGAUUCGGAGAUUUUUCCUCAAUGUUGCACAAUAACUGGCAAUUACAACCCUAAGUUUAGAACAAAAGUUUCCAAAAGCAGUGCAUGUAUAUCAAAGUUAACAAGCUCUGAUCAUUUUCCAAACCAAAAAAUCGAAACCGUUAUGAAGGAGAACUAUCAGCGGAAUCCUAAUAUGCUCUGGCAGUACUUCGGCGGAAGUGAUGGAACAUUCUUAAUCUACCCGUCUCAUGGUUUUAGCCCCAAUUGUUUCUCAUACGAUCCAAGAUUUCG